AUGGAAGAGAUUAGAAAGAUCGAUAAUGAAGCUUAUGAGUGGUUGAUUGUUGCAGGUCCAAAACAUUGGUCUAGAUCACACUUUAGUACUAACCCUAAAUGUGAUAUUCUGUUGAAUAACAUGUGCGGGGCUUUUAAUGGGACAAAAUCAAUAUUGGCUGCUAGAGACAGACCAAUAUUGUCAAUGCUAGAGCGACUCAGGAUGUACUUGAUGCAGAGAAUGACAAAAAAUAGACAGACUGCAAACACAUGGAAUUCUAACCUUGCACCAAAAAUAGUGACCAUUCUUGAAAAAAUCAAGGUUGAAGAUGGAUCACACUUGCCCACAAAGUCAGGAGAUUUGAUCUACCAGAUCCAAACCAUGUAUGGGUUCAUGUACUCUGUGGAUUUGAAAACGUGGGUGUGUUCAUGUAGAAAAUGGGAACUUACUGGCAUUCCAUGUAGCCAUGCAGUGGCUGCUAUUUGGCACAAUAAACAAGAUCCUGAGUUGUAUGCUAAGAAGAACCCACCAAAGGAUCCUGGAACUUAUACAAGAAACCAUAAUCCAAUGUCUCAUGAUUCAGUAAGCUUAACAACCCAAAAAACAAGUGCACAAGAAACCACUCAACAGUUUCAGAAUAGAUCUCAAGCCAAGCAAUCUAUUCGAAUGAAACCAGCAAACAAGCAAGAUAAAGGUGGAAACAUUUUGAGGAAGAAAGUGAGGGUUGCAUCAAUGAAAAAUUACCCAUGA